GUGGAGGAGGGGGCGGUUGCAUUUGUUUGGAGGAAGGCAGGGUACUGAGAUGAAGAGCUGGCUGAGAAAUUUGUGUUUAGAAAUGUGUUAGGAGAAGUGACCUUGUUUGAGUGUAGCCACUGUGGUAAACAAAAGUCAGUAUUUAAUGGCAGAUUGUGAGGCUGAGCACAGAAGGUGAUGGUAAAUUAACAGACCCCGCAAACGUUAUGGGAACAGAAAAUGUCUUGAGAGGGAGGUACUCAGAUUUCAUAUAGCUUAAGUUAAAUGAGUUAAACAGCUAUGAGGCAAGUACUACAUACAUCCAAAUGCAGCAUUGGAUGCAGGAGACAGAUGAAUGACAAGAUUGAUUGGCAUGUUUGGAAGUGCAGUCACCUAUGGUGAAGGGGAAAAAGUAGCAGAUGGGGUGGAAAAUGAGGAGACCAAGGAUGCAUCAGAAUGGAUUCCACAGAGAACAUAAGCAAGCUUGUGAGCUUGUCUGUGAAGACUAAUUACCGAGUGGAAGCGUGCUGAGAAUUCUGUGUUUCGCCAUUUAACACUUGAAGAGAUUGACACGUUGGUGAAUUGACCCCUCGGAAAGAAGUAUUUGCCCAGUAACAACUUCUCCACAAUUAAACAGAGUAGUACUGCAUGGUGAUCCCUGGUAAUCUCAUUAGAGAAGUGAUCUGUUCUGUCAGUAUUACAGAUGGCUUUUGUUAAACGUGAGGCCCCAUUGAAAGGAUGACACCCUGCUUUCUCUCCUUUAAAACUGAGUACUGAAGAACUGGUAUGGCCAAGAACAGAGAGAUUCAUUUCUUUGUUAGCUAACGUUUGGACUAGGGAUUGCAAGGAAAAUGUAAAAGUUGUGUCAGAAUGUCAAAAAGAUAACUUUCACCAAAGAUGUAUCUGUAGGCUUGGUGCUGUGGGAGUGGUAGGACGGACAGAGAUAAUGCUGUAAUGUGCCUAUCAGUAAACAUUUCAGGAGUUCUCCAAAGCAGUAACUGUUUUUUUGGAAGACUACACUGGGUAAUUAGAAAACAAUGUUUUCAGUGAUAUUUAGCUUCUGAAGUACAACACACUGCUGUUUUACUUGGGAAAGGAGAAACAGAUUUGUGUUAUUCCUUUAAUUUUCAAUACUACCCUUAUGUAGCAAAAAAUAAACCUGUCAUUGCUAUGGUGUUUUAAAGUUGGUGUACCAACUGCAACGUCUUUUCAAUGAGAAAAAGGGACUUAGAGCUAUUUUUGUAUGAGUUAGAAGCAAAACACUUGCAUAGUGAAUGACACUGGUGAACUGACUUGGCAAAUAACAGAGUUUGGAUCUUCUUAAUCACCUUCAGCUAUUUAUUAAUAAACUAAUUUAAAUGAAAUUGCUGGGAACUUCUUACCAUAAAUUAGGUAAAAUCUUACCAUAAUUACUGUGCAGUCUAACCUUCCCAUUUUGUAUAAGGCAGCCUGGCAUCAUGGAUCGCUCUCGGCACCGUGCAGGGAAUGGCAAUGAACAGGCAUCUUCACGAGAACAUGGGUAUGGGGAAGAUGAGAGACAACGACAGCUGGAGCGCCUCAGCAGGGAGGAAGCCUAUUACCAGUUCAUCAAUGAACUCAAUGAGGAAGACUACAGGUUGAUGAGAGACCACAACCUGCUUGGCACACCUGGAGAAAUAACAGCGGAAGAGUUGCAGCAACGUUUGGAAGGGGCUAAGGAGCGUCUGGCAUCACAGACUGAUCUGGAAAACAGAGAAAGUGAAAGUAGAACUGCUGGAGAUUCUGAUGUUCUUGCAGAAAACUCAAAUGGUGAUUCUUUGCUUGAAUGGCUGAACACAUUUCGUCGCACCGGAAAUGCCACUCGCAGUGGACAGAGUGGGAACCAAACCUGGAGAGCCGUGAGUCGAACAAAUCCAAACAGUGGGGAAUUUCGGUUUAGUCUUGAAAUCAACAUAAAUCACGAGCAUAACAAUUUUGAAGCCACUGGUGAAGAGUAUGUGGGUGUAGAUCAUAGCAGAACGUAUUUAGAAAGAAGACAUCAAAGAGCUGUCAGUCCAGUAACCACACGAACAAGGAGCAGGAUGACAAGAGAAGCCAACAGCCAGGCUGCAAGCACUGCAAGGACCAGGUCUUUAAGAAGUUCUGUGGUGCAAAGCUCUGAAGCAGCCCCUCAUCCAGUCUCGGGAAGGCUCAGGAGUAGAACGAGGGAGUUGACUGGCCUUCACCAAACAAAUACUACACGUCAUAGUUCUACAGCUGCUGGUGAGCAAAGAGAAAUGCCAGAAAGAGGUACUUCUACAAGAGUCACAAGACGUAGUAGAUCUCGAACUAACAUUCGGGUAAAUACAAACCAAAGACUGGAAAUUCUGCGGUUGAGGUCUACUUUGAGUAGUCGAAGCCGCUCUCCACUGCAAAGGCAAAGUGAGACUGCUUAUUCUGAGGAACAUGGGCAGAGGCAGGAUAGGAGUACACAGCACGCUAGUAGAAGUAGAAGGCAAACAGCGCAGCAUCCUCAGCAGCCUGCUGAAGAACAAGCAAGAAAUAACACUCAGAUGCCUCAGCUUUCCUCUGCAGCCCCAUCCUCGGGAUUAACUUCAGAAGAGGAGGAAUCUAGUAGGCCGGUAGCUGCUGUUAGAAGGCAUCCAACAAUUACACUAGAUCUCCAAGUGAGAAGAAUUCGUCCCGGAGAAAACAGAGAUCGGGACAGUAUUGCUAGUAGAACUCGUUCUAGAGUAGGAAUGGCAGAGAACACAGUUACUUUUGAAAGUGACAGUGGGGGAUUUCGGCGGACGAUAUCGCGAUCAGAACGUGCGGGUAUUCGAACCUACGUUAGCACUAUACGGAUACCUCUUCGUCGGAUUUCAGAAACUGGGCUUGGUGAGCCUUCAUCAGUGGCUCUUCGGUCAAUCCUUAGACAAAUUAUGACAGGUUUUGGAGAACUGAGUUCUUUAAUGGAAACUGAAUCUAACUCAGAAAUGCAAAGAGGUGCUCAUCGCUUACCAGAUGUACAGGCAGAGCGGAAUAACUCAAGCUCAGUAAAUGAUAGCAGUGAUCCAAGUGAGGUUUCUUCUCGGAAUGGGCACGUAGUAGAAGACGACAGUGAAAGAAAUGGACAGAGUGUUGAUACACAACGCUAUGCUCGCAAUAAUGAAAACCAGGAUAACAGACAGUCUCAAGACGCUAACAACCUAGUGGAAAAUGGAACUCUGCCCAUCCUUCGGCUUGCCCACUUCUUUCUGCUGAAUGAAGACGACGAAGACGAGCGUUUAAGAGGUUUAACCAAAGAGCAGAUUGACAAUCUUUCUACUCGGAAUUAUGGGGAUAUCCACACUGAGGAGGAAAUAAGUAAAACAUGUAGUGUUUGCAUUAAUGAAUAUGUAACAGGAAAUAAGCUAAGGCAGUUACCUUGUAUGCAUGAAUUUCAUAUCCAUUGUAUAGAUCGCUGGCUUUCUGAAAAUUCCACUUGCCCAAUUUGUCGUCAGCCUGUAUUGGGGUCUAAUGCCACAGACAAUGGCUAAGAUCAUUUGUACUAUUCAGUAUUCAAGGAUCUACUUCUGCUCUGUUUAUGAUGAGCCAGAUGACUUGCAUUGGGGUCCAUUUGUGUGGGGAGUUUUGUUAGAUUUCUUUAAAAAUAAUAGGAAACUUGUCUAAAUCUAGCAAUGUAAAUAACUAUUUUUCUCCAAGUGCAGAUCUAGGAGUACAGAUAGAACCAAAUGAUAUCGGUAAAGUUUAUAUUUUUUUAGGUAAUUUUGUUAUGCUAAGCACUUUUGUAAAUAGAGAAAUGCAAUAGUUAAUCGGUCCUGCUUAUUGUAUGGUUUUUUUAACAGUGUAAUGGACUCACUUUAUUUAGAUUACAAAUUGUUUCACACAGACCUACCACUGUGUUGAAAAAUUAGUGUCUAAAUAGCCAUUCAUUAGCUUUUUGUUCUAAGAACAAUUUCUUUUACAGAGAGUCUCUUGCUGGAUAUGUUUGCUAAAGAUAUUUAAGUUACUUGAAGUGCUCAUUUUAAUAUACAAUAUAUUUUUUUUAACAUUCAAAUAUCCUUUCCAAAAACUUGCCAAUUUGGUUCUAUUUAAAAUUUUUAUGGCAAUUUUUGCAUGUGGUUUUACACAAUGCUUAAUGCUGACAAGUUCAUGUUCAAAAGCAGAUGGGUUAGUGAUAUAAAAUGUAGAUAAUUAAAAGCUGUCUUUGACAAUCGCUGUCUUUUCAGUACAGACAGCAGUCACGUUGAUGACAAUUCCAAGAGUGUGUCUUAACGAGCGUAUUUGCUCAAAGAGUAAAUGAGCAUUGAGAAAGCCUUUUUACUUUUCCAAAUCACUCGAUAUUCAUGUUUUUUUUAAAACUGCCUUAGUUUAAAGAGGGAAAUAAUUCCUUAACCAUUAUAUUGUCUACAAUAUGCAUGUUUUGUGCAUCCUACUCAGAAAAGCAAAGGCUUGAAGUGUUUUUGUACAGAAUUUUAAGGUACAUAUGUUAUUAGUCCUCUUAAAACAUAUCUGAGGACCAAAUGGCAAAAGACACUAAAAAAGACAAAACAACCUUCCUUUGAAGUCCCCAAAUUACUGUGUAAUUAGAUAUUAAACUUUACACCAGUAACUUAUAAAGAAAUAAAAUUGCAAAGUAAGUAA